AUGAAUGGGGAAGAUGGAAUUCCAAUGAGGCCAGUAAGGAUUAUAGUGAUAGCAUUUGCGCUCAUAACUUUUUUUUCUUUAACCUCUUCAAAAUCAGAAUCAUGCCCUUACUCCUCCAUAUUCAGCUUCGGUGAUUCCCUCGCCGACACCGGCAACCUCUAUCUCAGCUCACCACCGCUUUCCGACAACUGCUUCUUCCCUCCUUACGGUGAAACCUUCUUUCACAAUGUCACAGGACGCUGCUCCGAUGGUCGUCUCAUCAUCGAUUUCAUCGCUGAGUUUCUUGGGAUGCCAUCGGUGAAACCGUAUCUGGAAAAGAAGAAUAUUGGUGGAUGGAGUUGGAAAGACGGAGGAGCCAAUUUUGCAGUUUCAGGAGCGACGGCGAUUGAGUCAACCUUCUUUCAACGGAGAGGCAUUCCUGUCAAAACCAAUUAUUCUUUGUCAGUUCAACUCACUUGGUUUAAGGAACUGCUUGAGUUGAUUGGUUUAGGGGCUCGCACGCUCAUGGUUCCUGGGAUUUUGCCUUUUGGAUGUAGUGCAAAUUAUUUAACAAUUUAUGAAACUAAAGUUGAGAAGCAAUAUGACAAAUUUGGAUGCUUGAAGUGGUUAAACGAGUUUUCUGAAUAUUACAACCAUAGACUCCAAAUUGAAUUAAAUAAGCUUCGAGCUCUUCAUCGUCAUGUUAAUAUUAUCUAUGUUGAUUAUUACAAUGCUGCAAUGACUUUAUAUCGUCAUCCUGCAAAAUUUGGAUUUAUUGGUCUUAAAGCCUGUUGUGGAAAGGGAGGUCCGUACAAUUUCAAUGGAUCAAUAAAAUGUGGUGAUCCAGGCGUGAAUGCUUGUGAUGAUCCUUCCAAGUAUAUUGGAUGGGAUGGGAAACAUUUAACUGAAGCUGCUUAUAAAUUAAUCGUUCAAGCUUUUAUAAAAGGGCCAUAUUCUCUCCCACAGUUUAGUUCACCGUGUUUAACUAAUGCAAAUUUUGGUUAUACAUAUAGCUUUUAA